AUGUCGACAAACGUAAAAUUAUGUGUUUGUAAUUCACUUGUCUUGUUUGUUUACAGGCAAGAAAAACGAGAUAAAAUAAAAGCGAGAUUGGAAGAGGUUGAAGACGCACCUGAAAUCUUGGAGGAAAAAUGUAUACGCUUGGCAGCAGCAAUCAGUAGAGCUACGUCACUUGCAGUGUACACAGGUGCUGGUAUUAGCACAGCGGCAUCUAUUCCAGAUUACAGAGGAACUAAUGGAGUUUGGACUCGUAUGCAACAGGGAAAAGAUAUUGGGAAUCAUGAUCUGAGCCAAGCUGAGCCAACCUUGACGCACAUGGCUCUUUAUGCAUUGUAUAAAGCUCGAGUCCUCAAGCAUGUAGUUUCACAAAACUGUGAUGGAUUACACUUACGCAGUGGUAUCCCGCGUAAUCUUCUGUCCGAGGUACACGGCAAUAUGUAUGUGGAAGUUUGUAGAACGUGCAAGCCGUCGAGAGAAUAUUGGAGACUUUUUGACGUUACUGAAAAGACUGCGCGAUAUCAACAUGGCACGGGAAGAUUAUGCCACAGAUGUGAUUCUAUGCUGCAAGACUCGAUCGUCCAUUUCGGCGAGAGAGGUAAUCUGCCUUGGCCAAUCAAUUGGAACGGCGCAUCUAGAGCUGCGAAGCAAGCGGAUGUUAUAUUGUGUCUGGGUUCUAGUCUGAAAGUUCUCAAGAAGUAUCCGUGGUUGUGGCAAAUGGACAAGCCCGUUCAGAAAAGAGCGUCCCUGUACAUUAUCAACUUGCAGUGGACUCCGAAAGACGAGAAUGCAGUUUUGAAGAUAAAUGGAAAGUGUGACGAAGUGAUGAAGAAAGUCAUGAGCCAUUUGGGGCUGGAGAUACCGCAAUAUAAUCGUACAAAAGAUCCAAUCUUCUUUCAUGCGGUAAAGCUUCAAAACGGCGAACAGCUUACCAAGACUCAACCGUGUCUCGAAGAACCGGCAGUUAAGGAACCUCUAAGCCAAAGCAGCGACGAGAAUGUUAAAUGCACGGUGCAAGAAACUGACAAAGAAGACUGCAUAGCGUCCAUAGCGGUGGCUGAUAUAACAACUGCCUAUCCGGCACCUUUCUUCGCCGCGCUACCGUUUCUGUCUAUGGGCUUGCCAUUUCCUCCUAUGUACAUGUAUCCUCAAUUGACGCCAUUGUUUUAUUAUCCUUUUAUACAAAUACCAAACAUACCGACGGAAGCGCCAAAACCCAAACCCGCUUGUUCGUUUUGUAUGGAGCACGAGGGCUCCCUCACCUGUUUGUAUUAUCAACGUGACGGAGACUGUUCAGCGCCGAUAAAGGCCGAGAGUGAGCAAAAGCAAGAGGAAAGUGAUUCACUAGUGAUUCGCGCGGACACUCCCGUAGCAUCUCCAAAGAAUCCAGGCUGGUUUGGUAAAGGAUACCGUAAGGGUAUGAAGAGAAAGCGGUAGCAUCCACUCCAUGUAUGCAAUAUGCUUGGCCGACUAUUUACCGGGAUUAUACAAUAUAAUCUUACAUUAUACAAUAUAUUUACAUACAUAAGUAUUUAAAGCCUCCAUAUCAUAAUGAAACUCGUGCAUAUUUUGUAGAUUUAUAGCAAUUUGAUUCCAGUAUUCAAAGCUUUAACAAAAAAUAGACUGAAAUUUUGGAAGUAUUUCCUAAUAACGAUGCAAAGGCAAUCUAUUAUUUUUGCCUAUUUCAAAGCAAAUUUACUUUGUCAAACUUUACUAUGGUCUGAACUUUCCUCCAAAAUAUAGGCAAACGGAAUUCAUAUUUUAAUUAAAAAUAAUUUUAAACACUAAUCAUUAUUAAUUAGGCAAAUGGAGUGCACAUUUUAAUUAAAGAUAGUUUUGAAUAACACUCAUUAAUUUUAUUUAAAAAAUAUCUUAAUUUUAUUACGAGAUGUUUUUGUCUUUCAGUAUGAUUUAUUUUUUUUCUUGUCUUAGUUAUAUGAGAAAGUAAAAAAUAUUUUGAUAACUUGUACAAAAGAUAAAAAUAUUCAAAAUCGUAAUUUUUUAAAUAGAUGUUCACCUCCUAUCAAAAAGUUUGAGUUUAUCAAUAAAUAGGUUAAAUAAUUUUUGCAAAAAUAUGAGGGCAAAUCAAUAAGUUUUUAGAAA